CAACGAACACGGUCCGCGAGCUGCAAGCUUAUCUGUAUAUUCGCGCACUGCUAUCCAAUAAGCUUAUUCUUAUCUUUAUUUCUGCCUCUUCCCUGUUUCCUGAUCUUCUAAGCUAAAACGCCACAGAAUGGCGCAUCAACGACAAGACGAUAGCCAAUACUCCUCGUACAGAGAGAAUUAUUCCUACCAAGCUCCUGAACCACAAUCGGUCCUCUUUUCCACCUCAGAAGUCUCAGCACCUCCAUCACUUCCUCCGAAAGAACGACCACAGAGGACACGCUCGAAUGACAAAAGGGAGUCUAAGGAGAAAUAUAAAGCCGAAAGGUCGCGCGUUCUUUCUACUGCCGCGCCUCAAGACGUUAUGGACCUUCUGAUAAACAAGGAGUUCCAGGAGAAGGAGAUGCGAAAUCUACUUCAACAGAUGGCAGAAGAGCUCUAUUCCUCGUCCAAACGCCGUACAGAGGGAGAGGAGACUCACCGGGAAAUUCUCGCGACACAAGUACUGGAAAACACACGGAAUACAGAGAAGAUCAUGGAGGCGCGUCAACAGGCUUUGGCAGCUCAGGCCCAGCUUGGAGUCUACAAGCUUCAACUAAAGACGGCCGAAGACGAGAUAUCGCGUGCUCAGGAGCUUCUGACUGCAGUUGAGAAGCAGAGAAUAGAUGCUGAAACAGCUGCUUCGAAGCACAAGAGGGCUACAAGGCGUCUGAAGUUGGAAGCACUAAGGCAAGAGGCGCUGGAAAGAGGCAGGCAGGAAGGGUUCCAACAAGGAUACGAUAUGUAUCACCGCGAGACUCGGGCGAUGGAGGAAGGAGCAAGGCUCGCGCAAAGACUCAUUCCUCCAGCAGAGCCCGUUUCUGCCUUUAUUGAGGAGCUUGACGAUGAAGAGAGAUCUCAAACGUCUUCAGUGCAUACUGAAGUCGUAAGAGAUAUGCGUCAGGAUCGUGAUAGAUCCCGAGGGCAUCGUCGUGGAGGGUCAGAGCACCACAAACAUCGAGAACCUCACCAAGAACCUCAACACGAACAUCGCCAUAAUCGCUCUGACUCUGAACCACGUCAUCCGCACUCUGUUCCCGCCAGCCAACCACCUCCAAAGGCUCCCAGCUCCGAACAUUCUGUCGGACCUUCCCGCCCAGCAUUACCUCGGAAACUGACUCCAAUGCCCAAUGUGCCCGAAGAGGAAUCCCCUGUAAUCUCACGUUCGAUGGAACAAAUACGGGAGCAGCCUCCAUUGCAACAGUAUGUUUCAGCACCUAGUUCAAACAAUGGCUUUAAACCGCCUUCCGUAGCAAAUAGUCAUCGUCAAACAGCGGAGCAACCAAAUAUCUCCGUGACUCCGGUACAGCAGCCCCCACCACCUGUUGCUAGCAGUUCUCGGCCAAUAGAACAACAAUCCGCUCCAGUCAUCCCCACUCAAAUGCCCGAUAUGCAGCCUCUUGCAAGGAGUUUGCGGGACACUUCUGACAAUAAGCCCUUUUCUCCAGCUCCAGAGCAAUCACGUCCAUCAACGCGGAAUUCCCAGCGUGUGACGGAACCGCAGCGUAAUUCAACUUCGGAUACAGACUCCAUGCUUAGUGGUCGCGCACCUAUUAUGCCGAUGCACUUACUACAACCUCGCCUGCCCUCUCUUCCAGAAGUAAAGAUACCAGAGUAUAAGACUCCUGAACCGAGACCUUUGCAGUAUAUGAGGAUGCCGGAACCCCCACUGCUAUCACAUCCUGGCCCUCCUCCCAUUCCAGUGGCCCAGCCGCAAUCUCAAGCGCCUCCCAUCAUUAUACAGCCUGUUGCUGUGCCAUCUAUGACUAUUCCAGCUGAUAUCCUCAAAAGUGCCAUUCCGUCCACAGUCCAUUCCGAUGCAGAACGUCGCAUCUCCACUCCCGACACGACUACUUCCACAAUGACACCCAUCUCCAUGGACAACCUGUCUUCAUUCCCAAGACCAGAACGUGAACCGAUCAACCAGUUGCAUGUCAUUCCCGAGGGAAACAGUGUUCGAUCGGGAUCCGUAACUCCUACUGUGCCAGAAAAUGUUCUUGAUCCUGUACCAGGACGUGCUGUCGAAGAAUGGCGGAGAAGUACCAGUACUAUUCAGCAGGAAUCUCCGCAUAUACCGCUAUCCCACGCACAAUCAAAUAGUUCCCUUCGCCAGCCGACCAUGCUUCAAACCCCGCAACCACCUUCUGCAUCGUCUAGCCGUGAAACGCUCUCCCCCAAUGACAUCGGUUUGCACCGCAGAUCUUCCAGUGGCAGCACACAUAGUAUAGACAUUGAGGUCCAGCCUCCAUCUCGCCCUUCGUCUUCUCCAGACCGUUCCGAUGGCCAGACCCUGGGGUUUCUGAGCCCAAACCAUACGCCUACCAUACUACCACCAGAACCUUCUGAACCGAGCCCUGUUGUGCCUGUCAUACUGAUAGAUAAUGGAUCUAGCACUGAGCCUCCCCCCGGAUUCAUGCCCUACCCCAGUGUCAUCAGCGGACCCGACGAGUCCCCCGAAACGCCCAAAAUGGUACCCUCAACCGGGUGGGGGAUGAAUGACUGGGGAAAGCCUCCUAGUGCCGCUGGUUCACCGUGGGGUGGCUCAACUUCAGCACUUCCGGCUGCUACGACCGCAGCCUCAGCUGAUCCAGGCCCCCAGCAGGCUUCAGAGUUUAGUGCGCCUCGGACCCCUCGCGCUGCAUAUGAACAUGCGUCUACACCUCCUGGGUUCACAUACCCCCUUCCUCCAGGCCGGACUCCCUCCUUUCCGGCUGCCAAUUACCCUCUUCCCCCGUCGACGAGCGGUAAAGGGAGCAGAGCAUCUCCAUCGUCAUCAUCAUCAUCAUCCUCUUCGACAUCGUCCUCAAGGUCUGGAAGCCGGUCAUAUAGAAGCCGUCGGAGCGCUGGCAGCACACCAGCCAUCCCUGCGCAGAACUUUGUGACUCCACCAUCGGUUAGCCUGGUCGGCGGAGCUGUGAUUCCUCCCGGGGAGAGCCCGCCUGAUCCGACGACGUAUAUGAAUACCCUGGCGAAUUCUGCGACGGCUACUCCGCGGAUGGGUAUGGGCAGGGGUAUGGCCUCGCCGCUGGUUGGAGGCCAAUCUCCAUAUAUGGGAUCGGCAUCUCUCUAUCGUUCGUAAUUUUCAAGAUAUCAAAUGUAUGAUGUGUUCUUUUAGUAUCACCCCAUGCUAAUAUUUGCGAUACUGCUUACCGUUAUUUAACAACUCACAUCUGGAUGGGUUAUUAUGCAUUAUGUAUGUAUGCGUCGACUUGGUCCAUAUCUUGAACGAUUUUAGAUUCCGCUCACUAUUUGAUCGCCCACCCACAAUGUACUUGUAGUCUGUACUGGUCUAUCUGGAAAAUACCUCGUCUCAGUGACGGGACGAUUCUUCUCACGAAGGCUUUUGUGUACUCCUUACCUGUACCUAGAUCACGAUCUGAAG